AUGGGAAUUAGGUACGGAACCUCCUGUAACUUCCUACUAAUAUUCUGUGAAUUUUUUUGGACGUACGUCCGAGAUGCAAAAUCAAUGGCUGCCACCCCUACUGAUAUGAAGGAGUAUCCGAACUCUUACGCGUUUGUGAUCGACAUGCUUGGGCUGAAAGGUGAGAACAUUAAGGUGCAGGUGGAGGAGGACAGUGUGCUAGUCAUUAGCGGCGAGAGGAAGAGGGAGAUGGAGAAAGUAGGGACUAAGUAUUUGAGGAUGGAGAGAAGAGUGGGAAAGUUCAUGCGCAAGUUUAAGUUUCCGAACAAUUCCAACACUGAUGCCAUAUCUGCCAGGUAUCAGGAUGUUGUGCUCACCAUCACCAUUAACAAGUUGUCUCCUCUUCCUCCACCCAAGGAGUUAAAGCCUCUUGUGUUCAAGGUUGAUUAA